GUAACUGAUAGUCGCGAUCACUCCGGACACUGAAGUACAAGGCGGCAGAAGCUCACCCAGACGGAUCGAAGACUGACUGCCACGGACAGUUGGUCAACUGGCGGAUUGGGCUAUAGCUAAUGCGAUCAAAGGCCUCAAAUUUGCAAGAUGAAGAUCAGAACCAGUCAGGGCUGGACGAAAGCGGAGCUGGAAGAAACCAAUGCUCAUCCUUACCAUCGUGAGUCACGUGCUGUCCGACAACCUCAGCAGUCAGAAAGAGAUGCUGAAACUGGCCAUCUACGGUCAGAAGACGUCACCAAUAGUAACCAUCAUAGUCCUGCGCAUGCGGCGGACUCCAUGGACGGAUCUGGUAACGAGGAAGAGAAUGCACCCGAUGAACGUCACGAGUUAAUGAAUGAAAGCUCCUACAAUCUCGACAGUGUCAUCUACGAUGUGUGGUCCGAGUCAUUGCUACCUUACCUUGAUGUCAGGUCAAUUUUCCGCCUUUGCGGAGUUUCCCGGAAGCUACGAAACCUGUUGCUGACGGAGCAGACAUUCAAGGCUAUCUGUGUGCGUCGCUACGGAAUCAGCCCAUUGUUGGAUUCAUCCGACUUGAAGUACAUUGACACCAGCAAAGCGUUGUAUGUGGCCAUAGCAGUUCUUAGAUUAGAUCCGAUUAUGUGUGAACAAAUGAACAAUCAUCUUCCUUCUAACAAAUUGGAUACUAUGCAGUAUGGACCUAGUUGCCCCAUCCCGUUUCUGCCCUUUCUGUCUUCCAAAAUGGGAACGUUCAAAUUGGAGAGGUGCUUCCCUGGGAAAAUGAUUACUGAUCUCUACAUGGAAGAUGUUCGGUUAGUUAUAAAAGCUGCAACUAAACACUUGCCCAAGCUGCAGAAAGAUGAUAUUUCGCGAACACGUCACCAGCAGAUUCCUCAUGUAUCAGACUCAGGGUACACCAGCGAAGAUCAUCUCGACAGACUGAGAGACCUGUCGUUGCAACGAUGUGGUUCUCCGGAAGUCUAUCAGACACUUCUUAUCAAAAGAAUUGCACAUGCCAGUUCGAAAGUGAUUCCCCUCCUUCAGUAUCACUAUCGCGCUCAGAGACUUCUUAAAGUCGGUCGUGCAUUGUCGUCGAUAAAUGAACAGUUCCCUGAAUUACUGCAAUGCCUCGGUUUGUUGUGGUCAUUAGCAGAUGCCCUAAGUCCUGAUUUCUUUUUGACAUUGCCAUUGAGAGCCAGUGCGGGGCAUUCCACAUUGCAGCUGUACGUCAUGAAUCAGCUAGAUAUAUCUUUGGAGAACUACUGCAUGGUUUGCCUGAAGUACCGCAAGCUCAGAGAUAAGCAGGUGAUCACAACCGAACUCGGAUGGACACAAUUCUUCUCCGGUUUGGGCGAGUAUCUCAGAAACGUGUUGAGUCUCAACCACAGCGACAACUGCGCCAGCCAAAAUGAUCUGUUGGAUUAUUUUACAAAGUAUGCUGAGGAGGUUGACUUAAACAGAUCUAGUGCUUAGUGCAAUACCUAUUAUUCAUAUCACAGUACCAGCACUGCUGUAGCUGCACAUCUCCAAGUCUAUUCCGCCUGCGCCCAACUCGUACGCUAUGGUUCCUCCCAAUUAUCCUCUUAUGUUCAGGCUGCCAGUUUUGGAACCAUCAGUUGCCUGAUGGUGGUAUUUAUUCAGCUUUUAUUUCUUGUGUACUUGCAUACUGGUAUUAGUUUAGUCCCACAACCUGCUAUAAAAUGAUCAGCUGUAGCACCUACUCCACUUUUAUGUUUAUGUAUCUAUGUCAGUAGUAUAGGACG